UUUACGGUAUUUUAAAUUCAGUGCUUGUGCCGCUAGCACGUGCAACAGAAAUUCGUAAACAUAUUGUGGAAAUUUAAUAUUUUGUGUUUUUAACGAAAUAAUGGCCGACGAUGCUGCUGGCCAAGACAAGCGGAAGCAGCACCGUGCCCGCCAGUCCGGCGUCAGUGCGGACAAAAAGAAGGAGAAGGCCAAGAAAGACUCCAAUCAAAAGGAGCCCGAAUUGACCGCGCGCCAACGAAACCCCAAAGCGUUUGCAAUCAACUCAGCGCAACGUGCCGAGCGCAAUUUCCGACGUAAAGAAGAUCUUACGGCCAAGAAACAGCACAUACCUGUGGUAGAUCAGACUCCCGAUGAACCGCCGCCAGUGCUUAUUGCAAUUGUGGGACCACCAAAGGUGGGCAAAACAACGCUGAUCAAGGAUCUGAUCAAGAGCUUCACGCGCACAAAUGUCACGGAUAUUAAGGGACCUAUCACCAUAGUGACGUCGAAAAAGCGUCGCAUCACGCUGCUGGAGUGCAACAAUGACAUCAAUUCAAUGAUUGAUGUGGCGAAAUGUGCGGAUCUUGUGUUGCUUCUUUGUGAUGCCAGCUAUGGCUUCGAGAUGGAAAUCUUUGAGUUCCUCAAUAUCUGUCAAGUGCACGGCAUGCCCAAGAUUAUGGGCGUACUCACGCAUCUGGAUAUGAUCAAGAACCCGAAGCAACUGCGUAAACGCAAAAAGGAACUCAAACAUCGCUUCUGGACUGAAGUCUACGAUGGAGCCAAGCUCUUCUAUCUCUCAGGCUUGCUGCAUGGCGAGUAUCUGCGCAAUGAGAUCAAGAAUCUGGGUCGUUUCAUCUCGGUAAUGAAGUUCCGUCCGCUGCAGUGGCGCGGUGCUCACAGCUAUCUGCUGGUGGAUCGUGUUGAAGAUGUCACCAAUACGGAUGCAGUGCGACGCAAUCCCAAGUGUGAUCGCGAAGUCGUGCUCUAUGGCUAUGUGCGUGGUGUGCCACUCAAGCAGCAGCAUAUGGUACACAUUGCUGGCCUUGGCGAUGCUCGUAUCGAUGAGCUGAGCAUGAUUCCGGAUCCUUGUCCGCUCCCCGGCACUGAGAAAAAGCGCAGUCUGCUGGAGAAGGAGCGUUUGCUCUAUGCUCCGAUGUCGGGAGUGGGCGGUAUUGUGUAUGACAAGGAUGCCGUCUAUAUUGAGCUGCAGGGUUCGCAUUCGCACAAAGAGAAGACAGCGGAGGCAACGGAGCAGGAGGCGUUGGUCACCAAACUGAUUGAGAAGAAGGCCACCAUGGAUGAGCAAAUGCAGGAGCAGCAAUUUCGACUCUUUUCCGAUGCGGCGCCUAUGAAAUCCAAGGACUACAAGAGCGACCAUGAAGAAGAGGAGGACGAUGAAGCAGCAGGUGAUUCAGGCUUGGAUGCGGCGGACAGUGAUGAAGAACAGGACGAUGAAUUUGCAGCUAACGAUUGGCGUGGCGAGAAUAGCGAUGAGGAAGAAGAGGAUGAGGAACAGAGUGAUGCUUCUUCAGGAGAUGAAGAGUAUCAAAGUCUGAAGCAGAAGGGAGAAGGAGAAGAUGACGAUGAUGAUGAGGACGAUGAGGAUGAGAAUGAAGAUGAAGACGACGAGGAGUCACGCAUAUUGGCGAACAACAUGAGCUGGAAGAGGAAUCUGGCGCAAAAGGCACGCGAUGCUUUCCUACAACGUCACUCGGAAUCCCGGAAUCUAAUGCGAAUUGUCUAUGGCGUUUACAACCUGAGUGAACGCAGCAAAGAGCAGCAAAAGGAGCAGGAGGAAAACGACUCCGAUGAGGAGCUGGGUGGCUUGUUUCGUGUGGCCGCCAAGCAACAGACGGAGCUGCAAAAGGAUAAGGACAUACGCGACAAGGACGAGCGCUGCUUUUUCGAGUAUCAGGGUGGUGUCACCCGUGACUGGUUGACGGAAGACAAUAAAGAGCUAAUCAAGAACUGCUUUGUCACGGGCAAAUGGAAGGCUUCGGAGGAUGCCGAAAAUCUGCUAAAGCUGGACGACAUGAGUGAUGCGGACAGCGAGGUCUAUGGCGACUUUGAGGAUCUAGAAACGGGUGAACAGCACAGUGGCAAACCCAAAGACGAGGCAGCCGCAGGCAGUGAAGAGGAGGCGCCAACUCCCGGUGAAAAGCGCAAAAUGACGCGUGUGGAAGAGGAGAACUUAACCAAAAAGGAGCUGAUGGCCAAGAAACUCAAGUUGAAAGCGAAAUUCGAUGCCGAAUAUGAUAAUCAUGGCGAAAAAGGUGAAGAGGAUGGCGGUCGUAUUACCGGAGAUCAUUCCUUUUACGAGGAUUUGAAAGCGGAGGCACAAAAGCAAGGCGAACUAAACAAGAGCGAAUUUGCGCAUCUGGACAACGAACUGCGCAUUCAAAUCGAGGGAUACCGUGCAGGACUUUAUGUGCGUUUGGGCUUCAAGACAAUGCCCGCCGAGUUUGUGGAGAACUUUGAUGCCAGCUAUCCGGUGUUGGUCGGAGCCCUCAACAUGACCGAGGAGAAUGUGGGCUAUGUGAACUGCAAGGUGAAGAAGCAUCGUUGGUACAAGAAGAUCCUCAAGACGGGUGAUCCACUGAUUGUGUCGAUGGGCUGGCGACGCUUCCAAACGGUGGCCAUCUUUGCCAAGGUGGAAGAUAACUUUAGGCAACGCUACCUCAAGUAUACGCCCAAUCAUGUCACCUGCAGCAUGACCUUCUGGGGACCAAUUACACCUCAAAACACCGGCUUCUUGGCGCUGCAAACUGUGCGUCAGGAUCAGGAGGAGAUGAAGCGUCUCGGUUUUCGUAUUGCUGCCACCGGUUGCGUUACCGAACUGGACAAAUCGUCGCAGAUUAUGAAGAAACUCAAGUUGGUGGGACAUCCGUUCAAGAUCUAUAAGAACACGGCGUACAUCAAAGACAUGUUUCACUCGUCGCUUGAAGUUGCCAAGUUCGAGGGAGCCAAGAUCAAAACAGUGUCCGGUAUGCGUGGUCAGAUUAAGAAGUCGCAUCAUACGCCUGAAGGUUCAUAUCGUGCCACCUUCGAGGAUAAGAUUGUGCUUAGCGACAUUGUUUUCUGUCGCACCUGGUUCCGUGUGGAGGUGCCGCGCUUCUAUGCGCCAAUCACCUCUCUGCUGUUGGCCGCCGAGCAGAAGAGUCAGUGGCAGGGCAUGAAGACGCUCGGCCAGUUGAAGCGAGAGCGUGCGUUGCAAAACGAAGCGCAGCCGGACAGCAUGUACACGGAGGUUGUGCGAAAACCGAAGAUCUUCCGUCCCCUCGUUAUACCCAAGGCGUUGCAGCGUGCAUUGCCCUACAAGGAUAAACCCAAGUUGGGACCGGAGAAUCCACGCGAAGCCUUGGAACGUGUCGCUGUCGUCGAUUCGCCGUAUGAGCAGAAGGUGGCUAAAAUGAUGAAGAUGAUCGAGACGAACUACAAGGACAAACGCAAUCGGGAUCGCAAGGAGACGCAGCAGCGCAUGAAGAAGUUCCGUGCCCAGAAGCGUGCUGAUGAGGCUUCCAAGCAGCAGCAUCAGAAACAGCUGCGCAAGAAGGUUUCGCGGGCCAUUAGCAAGAUGCGUGGCAAGAGCCAGAAGUAAAGUCGAUUCGAUUGUAGAUAGGAAGUAUAGGACUAAAUAAAAAAUGAUUGUACAAUUUAAACCUAGAA